AGGUGAAAGACACAGCAGAGAAUCUGAAGAAGCAGGUGGAGUCCAAAAAUUGGGAGAUGCUCUGGGCUGAGAAGAUGAGAAAUGAGGAAACUGACAGAAAACUCAAAGAGUUGGUAAAGCAGCUCGAGGAGAAGAAGAAGAAAACUGAGGAAACACUCAAUGAGCAACAGAUGAACAAACCACAGAAAGGUGACAUCAUUUUGGACGAGGUCAAUGGAACUUACAACUAUAUCUGUCUGAGAAACACUUCCAGUGAGGAUAAAUUGAUGACAGGUUGGGAGCUAAAACUGAUCAAAGACAGAAACUCCGUCACAUACAAAUUUCAAGAAAACUUUACUCUGAAAGCUGGAGAAGGACUCACUUUAAACCGAUUCGGUGCAACCAGGAGACCGUAUCCUGACAACACUCACCUGAGGUGGGCGGACAUGAGCAGCUGGAAUAGUGGAGACAAGGUGAAGAUCAGCCUCAUCAGCAGCACUGGAGAAGAGCACAGACUACAGUGA